GCCGGCCCCGCCCCCGGCCGGCCCCGCCCCCCGGCCCCUGGCGACGGCGGAGGCGACCGUUGCUUGCGCGCGCGGGCCGAGCGGAUCGCGGCCGGGGAGCGAGCGGCCGGGCAUUGUUUCCAGGAGAACCAUGGUAGCUCCCAGCACUCCCUGCACCACGGAUCCGCCGGCACCGUGAACUAUGUGGCUGGUCCUGGCCGCGCAGCGCCAUGUACAGAGCGGGGGACCCGGGGGAGCGGCCGCUGCUGGGGACGGCGCCCGCGCGCGUGCGCAGCGUGGAGGUGGCCCGAGGACGCGCGGGGUAUGGGUUCACGCUCUCGGGGCAGGCGCCCUGUGUGCUCAGCGGUGUGAUGAGGGGCAGCCCCGCGGAUUUCGUGGGCCUCCGCGCUGGCGACCAGAUAUUUGCAGUCAACGAAAUCAACGUGAAGAAAGCGUCCCAUGAAGACGUGGUGAAGUUAAUCGGGAAAUGCUCUGGGGUGCUGCACAUGGUGAUCGGGGAGGGCAUCGGCCACCUGGAGUCCUGCUCCAGUGACGAAGAGGUUGGGUUUUAUGAAGGGAAAGCCUGGCUGAAGCCUAAACUCGAUUCUAAGGCAUUAGGUAUAAACAGAGCAGAGAGGGUCGUUGAGGAAAUGCAGUCCGGAGGGAUUUUCAACAUGAUCUUUGAAAACCCUGGUCUUCGAGCAAGCGGUUCGGAGCCCUUGAAGUUGAAACAAAGAUCCCUUUCGGAGUCGGCUGCCGGGCGAUUUGACCUCGGACAUGAAGAUGUAAAUAAUCUGAACGCCCACCUGCUUCCCAAGGAGGAGAUACCGAAAGUGGGGAACGAUGAUUCUGUGUUCAGCGUAGGGCUGGAGACUCAAGAAGACUUUGGGUUGGAUGCCAGCAUUUUAAACGUGGCCAUGGUCGUGGGCUACUUGGGUUCCAUCGAGCUGCCCUCCACCGGCUGCAGCCUGGAGUCGGACAGCGUGCAGGCCAUCCGGGGCUGCCUGCGGCGCCUGCGGGCCGAGCAGAAGAUCCACUCACUGGUGGCCAUGAAGAUCUUGCACGACGGCGUGCAGCUCUGCACGGACGGGGCCGCCAUCCUGGCCCGGUACCCGGCUGAGAGGCUGGCGUUCAGCGCCGUGUGCCCGGACGACAGGAGGUUUUUCGGGCUGGUGACCGUGCAGGCGAGCGACGACGGGAGCCUGGCGCAGGGGGAGGAGGGCGUCCUGCGGACAUCCUGCCACGUGUUCAUGGUGGACCCGGACCUGUUCAGUCACAAGAUCCACCAGGGCAUCGCCCGGCGCUUCGGCUUUGAGUGCACGGCCGACCCCGACACCAACGGCUGCCUGGAGUUCCCCGCGUCCUCGCUCCCGGUGCUGCAGUUCAUCUCCGUGCUCUACCGGGACAUGGGCGAGCUGAUCGAGGGCGUGCGGGCCCGGGCCUUCGCGGACGGGGACGCGGACGCGCACCAGAACACCAGCACCAGCAGCAACAGUGACAGCGGCAUCGGGAACUUCACGCACGAGGACAGAAGCAGCCGCGUGCUCGUGGUCGACCUGGGCGCCGGCUCGAGCAGGCACGGCCCCGGCAGCGGCGCCUGGGAGGGCGUGGGCGGGAGGGGCCCCCAGCCCUGGGCCGCCCCCUGGAACGGGGCCUUCUGCCACGACCCCGAGGGGGCCGCGUUCGAGGCCGCUCCGCAGGCCGACAGGUGCCGGGACCUCGGCAAGCACCUGGGGCCCGCUCCUCACGUGGAAGGCCCCCCGGCCUCCCUGAGGUGCUCGAUCCCUCCUGCCAAGAGGGGCGCGGCGGGCCCGGGCGGUGGCUCCGGCCAGCGCUGGCUCCCAGUUCACGUCCUGCAGGAGUGGCAGUGCGGCCACGCCAGCGACCAGGAGUCUUACACGGACUCCACCGACGGCUGGUCCAGCGUCAACUGCGGCACGCUGCCCCCGCCCAUGAGCAAGAUCCCCGCCGACCGCUACCGGGUGGAGGGCAGCCCCGCGCAGCCCCCGCCCAGCGCCCAGAAGAGGGACUGGGCCAGGAAGGCUCUCGGGAUGCAGAACAUUUUCGGUCCCCAUCGCAAUGUUAGAAAGACUAAGGAGGACAAAAAGGGCUCGAGGCUGGGCCGGGGCGCUGCACUCGUUCCGCCUGCCCCACGCGCCACUGCCCGCAGGUCCUUCGGGAGGUCCAGGAGGCUGAGCAUCACACGCUCCCUCGAUGAUCUUGAGUCUGCAACUGUGUCUGAUGGUGAGCUGAACGGCGCCGACCUGAAGGACUGCGUGAGCAACCAUAGCCUGAGCAGCAAUGCCAGCCUCCCCAGUGUGCAGAGCUGCCGGCGCCUGCGCGAGCGGAGGGUUGCCAGCUGGGCCGUGUCCUUCGAGCGGCUUCUGCAGGACCCGCUCGGAGUUCGCUACUUCUCCGACUUUCUAAGGAAGGAAUUCAGCGAAGAGAACAUUCUGUUCUGGCAGGCCUGUGACUAUUUUAACCAUGUUCCCGCACACGACAAAAAGGAGCUCUCCUACAGGGCCCGUGAGAUCUUCAGUAGGUUCCUGAGCAGCAAAGCGACCACGCCGGUCAACAUCGACAGCCAGGCCCAGCUGGCGGACGACAUCCUCAGCGCCCCCCACCCCGACAUGUUCAAGGAGCAGCAGCUCCAGAUCUUCAACCUGAUGAAGUUCGACAGCUACACGCGCUUCCUGAAAUCCCCGCUGUACCAAGAGUGCAUCCUGGCGGAGGUGGAGGGCCGCCCGCUGCCUGAUGCACACCAGGUCCCCAGCAGCCCCACCUCCAAGCACAGCGUCAGCUCUGACCACUCGAACACGUCCACACCCAAGAAGCUGAGUGGAAAAUCGAAAUCAGGGCGGUCCCUGAAUGAGGAGUUGGGGGACGAGGACAGCGAGAAGAAGCGGAAAGGCGCGUUCUUCUCUUGGUCGAGGACCAGGAGCACCGGGCGCUCCCAGAAGAAGAAGGACCACGGCGACCGUCCAAACGACCCCCUGCACGCCAACGGAGGCCUGGGCCGCCGGGAGUCACAGGGCUCCGUGUCCUCAGCCGGAAGCCUGGACCUGCCAGAGGCCUGCAGGACCCCGGCGCCCGAGCGCGACAAGGCGGCCAAGCACUGCAGCAUCCAGCUCCCUGACGGGACGGCCUGCGUGGUGACCGUCAGGGCGGGGCUGACCAUCAAGGAGGUCCUGGCCGGGCUCUGCGAGCGGCACGGCAUCAACGGGGCUGCGGUGGACCUCUUCCUGGUGGGCGGGGACAAGCCUCUGGUGCUGCAUCAGGACAGUAGCAUCUUGGAGUCUAGGGACCUGCGCCUAGAAAAACGCACUUUAUUUAGGCUGGAUCUGGUGCCGAUUAACCGGUCCGUGGGACUCAAGGCCAAGCCCAGCAAGCCCGUCACGGAGGUGCUGCGGCCUGUGGCGGCCAAGUACGGCCUGCGCCUGAGCGAGCUGGUGGCCCGGCUGAAUGGAGAGAAGGAGCCCCUGGACCUCGGAGCCCCCAUCUCGAGUCUGGACGGACAGCGGGUCGUCUUGGAAGAGAAGGACCCCUCCCGAGGGAAAGCGUCUGCAGAUAAACAGAAAAGUGCGCCCGGCAAACAGAGCGCCGCGGUAAACACCAGCUCCAGAAACCACUCGGCUACGGGAGAGGAAAGAACACUAGGCAAGUCUAAUUCUAUUAAAAUUAAAGGAGAAAAUGGGAAGAAUGCUAGGGAUCCCCGGCUUUCAAAGAGAGAAGAAUCUAUUGCAAAGAUUGGGAAAAAAAAAUAUCAGAAAAUUAAUUUGGACGAAGCAGAGGAGUUUUUUGAGCUCAUUUCCAAAGCUCAGAGCAGCCGAGCCGACGACCAGCGCGGGCUGCUGAGGAAGGAGGACCUGGUGCUGCCCGAGUUCCUGCGCCUGCCCCCCAGCCCCCCAGGGCUCGCCCUGUCCCCCGGGGCCGCCACCAAGGCCUUCGGCGUGGGACCCGCAGCGGGCCACGGCGAGGAGCGCGCUCCCCGGUCCCGAGAAAGCCCGGCCACCAGCCCGGGCUCCGCCGACAGCCCGCCCCUCUGCACCCCCGAGACCCCCAGCCCCCCGGCGCAGGACGUGGAGGCCGGGGGCGUCCAGACCGUGGAGGGCGAGCACGUGGCCGACCUGACGCUCACGGGGGAGGGGGACAUCGGCAGCCCCAACAGCGCGUUCCUGCCACCGCCCCCCACCCCGCGGGGCUCGGCCGCGCCUCCGAGACCAGGAGGUGGGGCCCGAGGCAGCCGGGCCCUCCCGGCCAACAUGAUCGUUGACGUGGACCGCGUGGCCGGCGCGGCCCCUGGGCCAGGCAGCCGCGCCCCAGGGGUGCGGACAGGCCCCCGGAGGUCACGGGCCAGCACGGCCCCCACAGCAGACCGCCCCGGCCCGGGUGGGCCCGUCAAGCCCAAGGCCAGCUCACACCACGCAACCUUCGUCUGAGGCUGCCGGCCGUCCCUCCCGACCCUGCGUCUUGGCCGCCUGCCUGGACACACACGUGGGGAACAAGCUCUCGAGGGGGCAGCCCGAGCCCGUCCCGAGGGCCUCCUCACCCACCCUCGGGGGCCCCGCCAGGAGAGGGCGGAGGGGCCUGGCCUCGGACACCCGCCAAGGUUGGCUCAGGGCUCCUCGGCCCCUGCUCCUGCUCGGCCUCCAGCCUUCCUGCAAUAAAGCAUCUUUGA